AUGCAGAAAACCAUCGCCCAGGAACUUUCUGAAAGCAUUGCGAAGUGGCGCUCAGGCGACAUGGGUGCCGGACUUCAGAAAGUUGCGAAAGAGGCGCUUGCUGAGCUGGUGAAGGCAGGUGAUGCUGAACAACCUGCGGAAGAACCUGAGGCUGUCAAGACAGAUUUCGCUUUCGAGCCCGCGAAGAGCUCGAAUGAGGAAGCUGCUCGUAUCGCUGCAGGUCAAUCGCACAGCUGGCCUGCUUGCGCCUUCUUGCUGAGCCUCCAGGAUUGCCAGAUGGUGAAGGCGGUCAACAGCUUCUUCGAGAAGCAGGCAGCGUUUGGUUCCUUGCCAGGGGAUCUUCAGAAGUUCCUCUUGGCGGUUUCCGCCAGCGUCAUUCGCGAGGGCCACAAGAAGAAGCUUGAUCUGAUGAUGUUGUGGAGGACGUUUGCAGCCUUUGGUGACCGUGAUAUGUUUUUGCUUCAGCAUCUGAGAAUCAUCUCGGAAGGAGCCGAGGGCUUCCUCAAGGCGCUCCCAGAGUCGUCAGAGGCUGUCGCACGUGAGGCAUUGGGUGCAGACUUCGAUGCUGUUGCAGGCGAGGGCUAUGAUGCAGACACCCUCCUGCGGGUGGAGAACAUGCUGCUGAUGUACGGCGCCGGCAAGCUCCUGCUGAAGGACACACUCCUGGAGAUGAAAGCAAACCGCCGGUAUGGUGUGGUUGGCCACAAUGGCGCUGGAAAGACGACUUUGAUGAAGGAGAUCGUCCACGGUCGCAUUGUUGGGAUGCCGACUCAUCUCCGAUGCGUCCACGUCGACGAUUCCAAGCUAGGGGAGAUGAGCAAAAGCAGCCUCAACGCCUUGGAGUACGUCAAGAUGAAGGCCAUGGAGAUUGGUGUCACGGAUGCCAGCGCGGAGAACCUCCGAAGAGUUGGCUUUCCUGAGAAGAUGUUCGAGAUCCCGGUGGCUGAGCUCUCGACUGGAUGGCGCAUGCGGCUGACGCUGGCCGUGUCCAUGCUCAAGCACGCAGACAUUGUCCUGCUGGAUGAGCCCACCAAUCACUUGGAUCAGGAGUCUGUGGACUGGCUGGGCGACUACCUCCUCACUUUGACGAAGUCAUCCGUCAUGGUUAUCUCCCACGAGCCCAAGUUCCUCAACAAGAUCUGCACAGACAUUAUCUCCUACAAGGACAAGUCCCUGGUGUACACGGCCGGAAACUUCGACGCCUUCGUCAUGGCCAAGGGCAUCAAGGCCGAUGACAUCGAAGCGCUGCUCUCCGGCAACUUGAAGCUGGAUGAGGACGAAGAGGGUGAAGAGGGAGGCGAGGAGAAGAAGGCAGCCGUCGUUCAAGCUCCAAUCACUGGUCCUCCCAAGAUUGCCUUCCCAAUCCCUGGCUCCGUCGAGGGUGUGAAGUCAAGCUCCAAGGCUGUCAUCGAGUUCAAGAACUUGUCCUUCCGCUAUGGCAAGGACAAGGACUACCUUAUCAAUGACGUGGCUGGCAAGCUGUCUUUGGGCUCCCGUGUUGCCAUCUGUGGAAGAAACGGCUGUGGAAAGUCAACCCUCAUGACGCUCAUCUGCUCGGAGAUGAAUGCCACGGAGGGCAAGGUGAUUCGCCACUGCAACUUGCGAGUGGCCUACAUGAAGCAGGAUCAUCUGAAGACCCUCGGACCGUACUUCGACACGUCUCCCUUGACCUACAUCACCCAGCGGUUCAAGAACGGCUACGACGAGGAGCUGCAGAAGCGCCUCAUCGAGCCCGAAGAUGACGAGGAGGCUGCGCGCCGCGCCACCCUGGCCAAGCAGCAUGGAAAGUACGGGAACCAGGUCGGCGAGCUGCUGAGUCGGAGCAAGCAGGGCAGCCAGCUCUACUACGAGGUGAAGUGGGAAGGCCUGGAUGAUCCGAAGCAGAACACCAUGGUGUCUCUGAAGACCCUGAGGGACAUGGGUUUGGACAAGGUGGUCAUCGCCUGCGACGAGCGCAUCGCGGCAAAGGCUGCCGGGCUGGACCAGAGGCCGCUGACGCGAAGAGAGAUCACCAAGCACUGUGAGGCAUUUGGCAUUGACGAGGAGAUGUGCUGCAACCAGCAGAUUCGUGGAUUCUCUGCUGGCCAGAAGGUGCGCCUGUCUCUUGCGGCCAUGUUCUGGACGAAGCCUCAUUUCAUCGCGGUGGAUGAGCCCACAAACUACCUGGAUGUGGAGACAGUUGAAGCUUUGGCAAAGGCCUUGAACAACUUCCGCGGAGGCAUCCUGAUGAUCGAGCCCAAGAUGGACUUCGUGGAGAAGGUUUGCAACGAGACCUGGACCCUGGAAGAUGGCAAGCUGAAGGUGGAGAAGCUUGACAACGGCCUGAAGCGAGUGGCGUGA